AUGUGGGUGCGCGCGGCGCUGGCCUGCGCGGCCCUGUGCGCGUGCGCGCGCGCCUGGCCCGGCGGCGCCGUGUGCGCGCGGCGGGCGGCGGGCGCGGGCGGCGCGCGCUACGUGGCCUUCCUGAGCCCCGGACGCGGCCCCGGUCCCGGCCCCAGCCCCGGCCCCGGCCCCGCCGCGCUGGUGGAGAGCGCCUGGGCCGGGCCCGGCCGCCUCCGCGCCUGCUGGGCCCGCCGCGACCCGCGCCUGGCCCGCGCCUUCCGCGCCGCCUGCGCCCGCCGCCCCCCCGCCGCCCCCGGCACCGCGCUGCGGCGGGACCUGGCCGCGCUCUGGCGGCACCGCGCCGCCUGCACCGACCCCGCGCCGCCGGCACCGCGCCGCCGCCGCCGCGGCUGGACGCUGCCGGGCACGUUGUGGUGCGGCGCCGGCGACUCGGCGGGACACGCCGGCGAGCUGGGUCUCUUCCGCGGCCCCGACCGGUGCUGCCGGGAGCACGACCGCUGCUCGGCGCAGAUCGCGGCGCUGCAGUUCGGCUACGGCAUCCGCAACUACCGCCUGCACACCGUCUCCCACUGUGACUGCGACGCCAGGUUCCGGCAGUGCCUGCUGGCCGUCAACGACACCGUCUCCAACAUCAUCGGUGUCACCUUCUUCAACCUGCUGGAGGUGCCGUGCUUCGUGCUGGAGGAGGGCGAGGAGUGUGUUCAGUGGCACUGGUGGGGAGGGUGUGAGCGUUACGGUGUAGUACCCCUGGCCAGGAUGGUGCAGCAGAGUCAGUACCACCCCAGCCUGCCCGCAGAGGAGACGGGCAGCGCCGCUGUGCAGCCCCUGGGCAAGGGAAGGAAGGCUUCUAGAGCAGGGCGCAAGCGGCGCCCACAGGGACUGGGGCAGAAGCCCAGGCUCCGCCAGGCACAGACACGUGCCCCAGCCCAGCAGUUACAGGGCCCAGGUACCUUGUCCCCUGUGUCUGCCAGGGACAAGGCUGAGCCCACAACCACACACCCAGCAGCACAGUGGGGGCUGGAGCCUGGCCCCUCAACAGCAAUGACCGUGUUGGAACAGGACCUUGCUGGAAGACUGCAAGCGCUGGGAGGAGCACAGCAAGGGGCUGGGGGCUCAGCCCCCGCUGCCUGCAUGGCUCACCCCCGAGAUGGCCGGCCCAGGCCCAGCUCAGCCACAGAGCGGUGCAGAGCCACCCUGGUGCCCACUGCAGAGGGACACGGGCAGCGGGGCCUGGGCAGGGUGUGCAGGUGCUACAAACACCUGGAUAAGUGCAAGCACCAGAUCGCACCCCAGGAGGUGAAGUACCAACUGCACAACAGGGACCCCCAGACGCUCUUCCACUGCAACUGCACCCGCAGGCUGGCACGGUUCCUGCACAGGGUCAGGGACCGCAGUGACGUGGAGCUGGCUCUCCUGCCUGACCGUGUUGCCUCAUACUGCUUUGUCCUGGAGCCACCCACCAGCUGCAGCCCUGGUGAGGGUUCACAGCACAGCUGUGGCACGAGCCGGGCUGUGCCAGUGCCUGCAUGGCACCUCAAAAAGGCCCUGAGGCGCUGGAGUCCUCUGCAGGGGAGCUCCAAGGCCAAGCAUCCAGACUGGAAGACAGAGCGCCCUGGUACCACCCUCUAUGAGCAAUGUCUGCAGCUGGCGCUGGAGCAGAAGCCAGGUGCUCAGUUCCACAUGGUGCCCUGA